GUAGCCUAGCAACGACGCAACGUUCGCUCUGCGUGCCCGCUUUAGCUUGGUUGUUUUUAUUGUUGGACAGUAAGCUGCAUGCUUAUAAUAAAGACUGCGGAAAAAGUCUAGGAUGGAGAAUUUACAUCUCGUGGCCGAGGAUGAAGAUGAUCUGUAUUCAGGUUAUAAUGACUACAAUCCCACAUUCGACUCAGAGGAGCUGGACAAUGAUGUUGGCUUUCAGCAAGCUGUGAGGACGAGCCAUGGAAGACGACCACCUAUGACUGCAAAAUAUCCUGCCGCUCUUGCCGGAGGAAGACCCAUAGGAACAUCUUUUGGCCUACGAACAGCUAUAGGUUCUUCAAUGGGAAGGCCUAUGACUGGAGCAGUGCCGGAUGGGGCUGCUCGUCCCAUGACUGCAGUGCGUGCAGCAGGAUACUCCUCCUCUUUGACUCGAGGCUCCACUUUUGAUCCACUUGGACAAUCAAGAGGGCCAGCUCCACCGUUAGAAGCCAAAACUGAAGACACGCCAGAAGAGAAGAUUAAGAUAUUGGAAAAAAAAGUAAAUGACUUAAUUGAGGAGAGUUGUAUGGCUCAUGCAAAUGGAGAUCUACAGCUGGCUCUAGAAAAAGCCAAAGAAGCUGGUAGAAAAGAAAGGGUGUUGUUGAGGCAAAGAGAGCAAACUGGCACUGCAGAUCAUAUCAAUUUGGAUUUAACCUAUUCAGCGCUGUUUAAUUUGGCAAACCAGUACGCUAACAAUGAUAUGAACACAGAAGCCUUGAACACUUAUCAGGUCAUUGUGAAGAACAAGAUGUUCAACAAUGCAGGACGACUAAAAGUUAACAUGGCUAAUAUCUACUUUAAACAGAAAAACUACCCCAUGGCAAUAAAAUUUUAUCGUAUGGCUUUAGACCAAAUCUCCAAUGUACACACAGAGAUGAGAAUAAAGAUCAUGCAGAACAUUGGUGUUGCAUUCAUACGCAUGGGCCAGUACUCGGAUGCCAUAACCUCUUAUGAACACAUUAUGAGUGAGAGUCCCAACAUAAAAACAGGCUUCAACUUAAUUCUGUGCUACUAUGCCACUGGAGACCGUAAAAUGAUGAAAAAAUCUUUCCAGAAACUAAUCUCUGUGCCCCUGGGAAUCGAUGACGAAGAGAAGUACAUCUCUACAAAUGAUGACCCCCAGGCAAACUUACUGAUUGAAGCGAUCAAAAAUGAUGAGCUUCGAAAAAUGGAAAGAGAAAGAAAAGCUUUAGCUGAGAAGUACAUCAUGACUUCAGCAAAACUUAUUGCUCCAGCCAUUGAACCGACUUUUGCAGCAGGUUUUGACUGGUGUGUAGAUAUGGUUAAAGCUUCGCAGUAUGUGGAACUGGCCAAUGAUCUCGAGAUUAACAAAGCUAUCACCUACCUAAGACAAAGGAACUUUAACCAGGCAGUGGACACACUGAAAACAUUUGAGAAGAAAGACAGUCGAGUGAAGAGUGCUGCUGCUACCAACCUAUCCUUUCUCUACUUCUUGGAGAAGGAUUUUGACCAAGCCGAUCGCUAUGCUGAAUUGGCCAUGAAUGCUGACCGCUACAAUCCUGCUGCUCUCAUUAAUAAAGGCAACACGGUGUUCGUGAAACAAGACUAUGAGAAAGCAGCAGAAUUUUUUAAAGAAGCACUUCGGAACGACUCAUCCUGCACAGAGGCACUUUAUAAUUUAGGGUUGACCUAUAAGAAACUAGGACGGCUAGAAGAAGCCCUCGACUGCUUCCUGAAGCUCCAUGCCAUCCUUAGGAACAGUGCGCAAGUUAUGUAUCAGGUGGCCAAUCUAUAUGAGAUGUUGGAAGAUCCUCACCAGGCUAUUGAUUGGCUCAUGCAGUUAAUCAGUGUCGCCCCCACUGACCCUCACGUACUGGCCAAACUAGGAGAGCUAUAUGACAGCGAAGGCGAUAAGUCUCAAGCCUUCCAGUACUAUUAUGAGUCUUUCAGAUACUUUCCAUCAAACAUUCAUUUAAUUGAAUGGUUGGGAGCAUAUUAUAUUGACACCCAGUUUUGUGAAAAGGCAAUUCAAUAUUUUGAAAGAGCAACACUUAUCCAGCCAAAUCAUGUUGUAUGGCAGUUGAUGGUGGCUAGCUGCUACAGGAGAAGUGGAAAUUAUCAGAGAGCACUCGAGACCUAUAAGGACAUUCACCGCAAAUUUCCUGAAAAUGCAGAAUGUCUACGAUUCCUUGUGCGGUUGUGCACAGAUAUGGGGUUGAAAGAGGUACAAGAAUAUGCCACCAAACUCAAAAAAGUGGAAAAGUUGAAGGAGAUCAGAGAACAGAGGGUGAAGUCAGGAAGGGAGAACAGUGCCCGAGGCCGAAGAGAUGGCAGUGCUAGCAGUGAUAUGGAUAUAAAACCAGGUGAGCAUUACGUUCUGUUCACAGGAUAUUGUAUUACUCUUAGUUGUAUAACGCUUAGAUUUUGAAAUUUUUCCCCCUCUUGUGGAAAAAAUAAUUGCAAGCUACCUGCCGAAAAACAUUUUAUCAUGUUUAUGCUUUCACAUGCUCACCUCUUUCUCAGGUUUGACUGUGAAUUAUAUGAACAUUAUCCUCUAUAAUAACCUGUUAAUUGUACUAGGUCUUGCCGAUAAAAUGUCUUUUUAAAGUAUAUCGAUAUAUUAUAAAACGGGAUUUGGGAUGAAGCAAUACAGUUUAUAUUGCUAUAAUUUGAUGUUGUGUUACAUGAUCCAUUUUAUCUGUGAAUCUGGACAGUUUUUGCAUCUCUCCUCUCCUACAUUCAUAGUAUAGCCCUGCCCAAAUGACUUUCCAUUUCGUGCAAUCACAAAUGGAUAGCGUCACAAUUAAAUGGCAGGAGGUUUAAUUAAAGUACAAUGUGUAAAAUAUUCUUCAUUAUCAGUGCUAUAAAACUGCAGUACAAUGAGUUUGUUAUUCUUUGUGCCAAGAUGCCUUCACGUCUGAAAAGUAUUUGCCUCAAAAGAAAACACAUUCAAUAUGCACUUGAUUAUGUAUUUAUUUCUCUCUAUGACAACUUUGGGAACGCCCUAGUUUACCUCAGUAAAAAUGUAACUCUUUGGUCAGAGUAAGUAAGCCUGUUGUUAUUUUUGUUUAGUUUACAUUUUUAUUGUUGUUUUUAACUCUAUAUUAAUCAGUCUGUUAUUGCUGUUGGGGCCAGUUAAAGGAGCAUUCUCACUGAUAUCUUAUUUUUAUUUAGUAUAAGCUAUUUAUUUUACAUCUUGUU